AUGGACGUGGCGCGUGAAGACGCCGAUGAAGUGCAAGCGGCGCAACCGCAGAGCGCAGCAGGUAGGGAGCAUGUAGACGCACCCGAGCAGCAGCAGCCGCGCGCGCUGCCGGCGGCGGCCAACGCGCCGCGCACAGAAAUUUUGCCGUCGCCGCGCGACAUGCCACCGUACCCUGGCGUGAAUACCGGCGCAAGUGUGCCAAACGGCGUGCAGACGCCCUUGGAGAGCAGCGCAAAGCGGCGCUCGCGCAGCGAGGGCGGCACGCAAAAAAUACUGAAAGGACGCGGCGGACGACGCUUUGCAAAAGGCACGCGUGCCGCACCGGCGCCAGCGCCAGCGCCCACAAGAGACAUUUGGCCCCGCGGCGCACUUGCAGACCUUGCGUCGCUGGGGAUAGCAGACGCCGAGGAGGAGCUUGCAUUGGAAGCACUCAAUAACGACUACUGCAAUACGUGCCAAGGCCACGGUCGAUUCCUGUGCUGCGACGGAUGUCCCCGCAGCUUUCACUUUUGUUGUGUGAAUCCCCCACUGGACGUGGACGAGAUGCCGUUCCCAAACGGCACGCUCCUCCCGAAAAAGCGCGCCGACGCAAAAAGCGACGAUCUGCGCGCAAUGCGUGCUGACGCCGACGAUAGCUGGUUCUGUCGUGUGUGCUUUGGGGAACGUAUGCCUGCCAAGAUGCCGAAACGUUACGGGCCCUUUAAUGUGCUGCUGCAGCAUGUCGAGCAGGAAAACCCCAGCAUCUUUGCGCUUCCCGCCGAGAUCCGGAAUUACUACAAGGGCGUAUCGACCGCCGCGGACGGUGCGUAUGUCGAUAGCAGCUCGCUGCGCCCUUUGAAACUCAAUAGGAACGGCUUCAUCGAAGAGCGCGAUCCGUUCCAGCUGCGCAACAAACACGGCGACGCGGCGCUCUGCUACCACUGCGGCGGCUCGGCACUCCCGCUCGAUCUCGUGCCGAGGACGCAGCGUACGCCGACGCACGCGGAGGAACUCGCCGCACUCGACACACUUGCAUCCACGGCACUGGAUCGGCACCGCCCAGAGAAGUGGCGCAGGAUGCUCAGCUGCGAUUUCUGCAGCCUGCACUGGCACCUCGAUUGCAUCGAUCCGCCCCUGACAGGCAUGCCGUCUGCAACACGCCGCUGGCGCUGCCCCGCACAUAGCGAGCUUGCGGAGCCAAAGCUUCGCAUCCCCCGGAAUGUGCAUCAGAUGCGCACGGUCGAUGUGCCGCUGUGUGUGUCAGAAAACGAGGUGGGGGGGAAGCGCCGCGUGCUGGGCGAGGUCGAAGUGCUCGUAGAGGACGAUGCAUGGGAAGAUGCCGGGCCACACUCUGCCAGCAUUCACUACCGCAUCCCAGAAAGGACGAUCCGACUUGAGUUUUGGCAGCGUGCACGCUUGGAGCGCGAAGCAGGCGCGCUGCAUGUGCCAGAUACCAAGGUGGCCGAAGUUGUGCGCGCGGCGCCGUUGCCUGCGCCGUUGCCUGCGCCGCCGAGCGCCGCGCUCGACCGCCUCGUCGCCGUCGCAUUGCAAUUGCCGAGCGUGCCAAAGGCAGAAAAAGAGCGGCUUUUGGAACCGGAGCUGUGGGCGCCGGCGGUGCUCGAAGAGAAUGCAGCUGCAUCAACUGCCUCGCUCGACGCCAAUAUGCAGCCGUUUCACGGCGCAGUGCGCACGACGUACCGUGCCAGUGACGCCGAGCCGCUCUCCCCUACGUGCGGCGAAGACUGUGCCCCACAUCCCGCUCCGGUUGCGCCCCCGCCGGCGUUUGUAUACCAUAAUGAGCUCGCAGAGCUGCGCGCAAUCAAGCGGCUCAUGGCGGCCAAAGGCGCCGACGCACUGCGCCGCUUUCUCCACGAGCCAUGA